CUCUGCUACCGGGAAUGGGAAAGUAGACUGCUUCUUCCAGAACGAAGUUGACACCACGCGGAUAUGUUGAAAUUAAUCCUUUGCUAAAGUUGCAGGCAGGCUGAGUCAGUUGAGUCUUUGGAGAUUGUUGAAAUUCCCCUUGACUUGAGCUGAGCAACAGUAAAAGUACAUAAAUCCGAGCACGAAGCAUGUCAAUGCCUAUCACGAAAUGAUGCGAAAGCCUGACAUGCAUUUGGGAUAAGUAGAAGUACUUUCUGUGAACAGAAUAAUUCAAUAUUUACUCAGUGCUUUUGGAUUUGAUUGAUGUCUUGAUUUAUUGACUGUACUCAUGAAGGUCCAUUAGCCUAUAUACCCAAUUUCUGAAGUUAUUGUUGGGCAUUUGUGUUAACAGACCGAUCAGUUGAAAUAUUAUAUUCAAACCGUGUAGAUCGGGCUUAUAAAAUGGACCCAAAAAAAUUAACUUACCAAGUGCUUUUUGUACUUAUAAGCUGCAGUUCAUCCAGCUCCUUACUAUAUCCGGCAUCUUCUGAUUUGGGCUUGACCUACUCGGUUUCGGUACCCGUUGCCGAGUAUUAUCCGGAACGUCGAAUACUAAUCGAUUGGUGUUUUGCAGUCAGCUACUCUUUGCCCUACAAUCUAACCUCGUUCUAUAGUAUACCCAUUUGGCCGGGAUUCGCCAAUUAUAAAACUAAACGUGAUGUUCUUCAAACUGACGAAACAGAUGUCAGUUUCUAUACCAAGUAUGGUUACAAUACAAACGCAGCAACACAUCCCAAAGAUUUCUCAGCUGGUCAACUUUACGCUGCAAUCGAAGAUUCAUUGUCUUCCUAUGGAUUCCAUGACACUUGCCUUUUACGCAGUGUCUGUGAGCUGUCAAAGCAUCCAUUCGACGAACAUAAUCAACAUAUGUUGAGCGAUAUAAUGAACUUUCUUUUAAGUCCAUCACAGCACGAAGGAUUUCUGGAGAGUGAGCAUGUUUAUAAGCAAGCCUAUGAGCAAGCUGAACUUGAUGGAUUUCUGGGCAAAAAUUGUGCGCAGCUCUAUUCUCAUUGUAAACAUGAUGUCUUGCGACUUAUCACAAAUGUUAUAUUACCCAAUUCAUAAAAUGCAGUUUAUAAGACUCUCGUUUUUUCAAUUUCCCCAAAAAUAAAUAGCGCCGAGCCUUAUAA